AUGUCUGCGGCGGCGGCGGAAAAUAAUGAUAAUGAAGAAAAUGAUAGAAAUGGAUCUGGAUCAACGAAAUUUAUGUCUUCGAUUAAUGGAUUGGUUCCCUCCACGAUUUUUGAUAGAGGUGAGGGUUUUUUGGGGAGGCAUUUUGGGAUAGGACCAGGUCUGAGCGUGCUAACGUUGUCUUAUAUUAAUAAAAUCUAUCCGAGCCUUUAUUUGGCCUUUUUUCAAACGUGAAGCUCAACUUGGACCUAAAAAGACCCAACUCUGAUCAAUAUCAAUUUUCAGUAAAUUCUGACAUGGACGAUUCCGAAGAAAUGGAAGAAAUUCGAGAAAUAUUAUACGAAAUGAUCAAAAAGAAUUUCUCAAUGGGUGUUUCUGCUACACAUUUAGCCGAAAAAUAUCAUGAAGAGUGAGUACUCUUCAAGGAUUUUAGUUUGAACCAAAGUCUAUGUUUUUUUCAAGAUUUGUAUCAAAAGGAUUGGGACGUGAAUUACCGGAAGAUUGGAUUCAACAAGUCACCGCUGCUGAAGAAUUUGAAGCUCAAACUCGUGGGCCAAUUACGAUUUUAUUUGUGAGAUUGUCGAAUACUUCAUCCUUCAAAAGACCACCAAUUAAUUCAGUUAAUGUGAGAGGUUAGUUUUCUUCGGGUGUGGGGAAUUGCUUGAUUUUCCCCCAGAUAUUUUCAUGUUCAGAAAAAUUUACUGCUUCCAUGUUAACAUGCUUCCAGCCUUCUAACCUCUUAUUACUAACUUGUUUGUGUUGUCUAAUCGUAUCUGAAAAGUGAGUUUUUAUUGUUGUUUUGUUUGUGGUCCAUGUGCAUUUUUCAUACCUGGACUGAGAAAAUGAACGGUCCAUGUGUGAUUUUCCCCCUAAUUCUAUGAAAUUUUCAUAUUUCUAGUUAUUUCCACUGAUCGUGAACCGACUGCUGAUGAAUUGAAAAAAAUCAAAAUUCGGAAGGAAAAUGAGCCACUUGAGCAUGCGAAAUUAGUAAGUUUUCUUUCAAAAUCUAGUUCAAGUAAUGAUCUACCUAAUUUCGCAGUUCUCAAAAACAUCGCCAGCUUUAAAACAAUCUGCUCAAGUAUCAGUUGUUUAUUCCGAAACCGCUCUUCGAUUUUUCAUCCGCGCGAUCUCGGAUGAUGAUCAAUAUGAGAGAAUUGGAAGCACUUUGGCUGAAAUUUAUGCGCAGGAAACACCGCCUUCACCUUUGGAUAGUCGAGUGGCGAUUUAUGUGAGUUUUUUCAAAUAGUUUUGAGAUCGGAAAUUUUUUUCGAAAAAAAAAAUGAUAAAUCAGAUUUCCGUGAAUAUUUCUUGAUGAUCAAAAAUAGGUGCUUUUCAAACCUGAAAUUAGCAGGGAGCAAACAAUUGAUAUUUUAAAGUUUAUGAGAAAGUUAAUCUAAGGUUAUCUGGAUUUUUUAUUGGCCAGAUUUAAUUUUAGGACUUAAAAACAAAACACCAAACAUUUCUUGCCCCUUUCACCAAAAAUAUUAUCUCAUUAAGGAAAUCGUAACUGGCGGUGCUUAUGCUCUUCAAGAUUCAAAUGGCGCCUGGUUCCGUGUGAUCGCAAAAGAACCGCCAAAAUCUGGACAUGUUCAAUGUCAUUUUGUUGAUGUUGGAGUAUGCGAGCUUUUCCCUGUGGCAGCUCUUCGACUUUUACCACCAGCUGUUCAUCCGGUUAUGUCCAGUAAGUUACUUUAUUUUGGGAAUGAAAUAUGAAACAAGAUUUUUUUUAGUUGGAUCAAUGGCGAAAGAAGUUCGUCUAGAUGUGACUGAAGAAGAAGCACUGAAGUUUAAUAAUCGAUUUAAUGAAUUGACUUCGGAGAAAAAAGAUGGAACACAGAUUUCGAUUAAUUUGAUUGUAAGUUAUUCAGCCAUCUUUGAGUUCUAGAAAGAAAAUGAUUAUAUUUUCAGCUCAAAAGUUUGGGAGAAUCUGAAAAUGGAAAUGAUUUGCCAAUUGUUGAAUUAACAAAUUUGGAAGAUCAAUCAAUCACAGAAAUGCUCAAAAAACCACAGGGAGUUGUUAGGUAAAUAUUUAAAAAUGAUUUUGUUUCAAAAAUUUCCAAAUUUUUUCAGACUAACUCUUCAAAAUAACAACACUCUGAAUAAAACUAACAAUAAUAGUGUUUCUACAAAACCUGCAACUUCUUCUGCUGUUUCGCUGAAUGUUUUAUUCGAUAAACCGCCGACGGUGAGUAUUUUGGGAGGUUUUUGAAGGGGGUUUUUUUGACUAGAAAAUGCAAAUUUGGGUUUCUAGGCCACCAAAAAUCAUGUUGGUUUUUCAUGCCAAAUACAAAAAUUCUCUAGGAAUAAUCUAGUUAUUUCCGAAAUUUUAAUAAAUGUAAAAAAAAAUAUAAAUUUUCCAAAAGACGUGAACUUAUUACGUGGCAUUUUCAAAUUUCAUUUUCCCAAACAGAUUUUCCCCCGACCAUUUUCAAAAAAAUGUUUCUAGAUCGAACCGAUGACUGUUCAACAAAUGCCAACUUCUUCGUUCCCAGCAAAUGCGAUUUUUGCUGCCGGACCAACGGAUAUUUCAUUGCGACAACUUUCCUUGGUAUGUUUUUUGAGGAGUUCAAUUGAAGGGUACAUUUGGGACCCUCGAAAAUUUCAAAUUCUUUACAUUAUUUUUUUGCAGGAUCCAAUGCCUGAUUAUAUGUACUCGAAAUUGAAUGAGGAGUGCGAACAAACCGAAUCAAUUCUAGAUUCAAAUCCUGAAUUCGGGGGAUUCUACGGAGCUUUUAUUGAUGAUCGUUGGGAACGUGUUCAGUGUAUAAGAUCGAGUAAAAUAGGUUAGUUUUAUUUUUUGAUUUAUUGAUUACGAGUAAAAUUUUUUUUUUAGAUAAGCAAGCAUAUUGUGUUUAUUUACUCGAUGUUGGUGCAUUUCAAUAUGUUCGAAAAGAAAAAAUGCGACGAUUGAAUUCGAAUUCGCCGUUCAAGAAAAUGUUGAUGUUCAAGUGUAAGAUUACUGGAGUGAAACCGUUGACUGGAGAAGUUUGGAGUCGCGAAUCGCAUGAAGCUGUUAGGGAAUUCUUUGAAGCUGCUUGUGGAGAAUCGGUUGUUGUGAGUUUUUUUUUGGAAAUUGGCUUUGUUGAGAAGGGGAAGCUUUUUUUGCAAAAAAUAUAUGAAAUUUUGAAUUCUGCAAUUGUGUAAAUAGUUUCAAAACUAAAAUACAAUUUUGGUAGUCUAGAAAUCCGAAAAUUUAAUUUAUUUUUUGAUUUUCUAUAUGACAAGUUCUAGAAGAAACUGUAAUUCAGAGUACGAUUUACAAUUAGAAAUAUUUUUGAAAAAUUCAAAAUUCUCUCACAAAAAUCCUAGGCUUUCCCUUCCAAAACCCAAUAUAAUUUAAGGUUGAGCCAAGUGGUAGUUGGUCUCAAUGGAAACAAUUAAAUGCUCCAUCAGUUCCAAUGUGCGAAGCUCGUCUUUCUUGUUGUGGUCGAGAUAUAAGCGAAUGGCUUAUUACCUGUGGACUUGCACUUCCUCUCAAUUCUCCUUCAGCUCCUCAAAAUUUGCUCACAUUUGCACAAAAUCGAAGUUAG